GAAGAACGGAGAAAGUUACAGACUUGGACAGACAACAUUAUAUCAGGACCUAUAGACACCUGGAGAGAAAACAGCAUUAUAUCAGGACCUAUAGACACCUGGAGAGAAAACAGCAUUAUAUCAGGACCUAUAGACACCUGGACCAACUUGGAGAGAACACAACAUUAUAUCAGAACCUAUAGACACCUGGACCAACCUGUAGAGAACACAACAUUAUAUCAGGACCUAUAGACACCUGGACCAACCUGGAGAGAACACAACAUUAUAUCAGGACCUAUAGACACCUGGACCAACCUGGAGAGAACACAACAAGAUGAGGAUCCUGCUGAUAGUCAUCCUCCUCUCCUUCAUGACAGGUUGUUUGAGCUCCUUCAAAGUGACAGGAUACUCUGGAGGAACUGUCAUCAUCUACUGUCAUUAUUCCACAGAAGACAGAAGUCGUGAGAAAUAUUUCUGCUUUGGGCAGAACAGUUUGAGAUGUGAGGAUCAAAUCAGAACUGGAUUGAAGAACACCUGGCAGCACAGUGGUAGAUUCUCUCUGUAUGACAACACUGGAGGAAACUACUUCAAGGUGAUCAUCAGACAACUGACCAGACAAGAUGAAAGGACCUACUGGUGUGGAGUGAACAAACCUACUGCACCUGACAGUUAUACCAAGGUAGAGCUGGAUGUCGAGAAGGAGGACUGCUGUGAGAAGUCAGUCACAGAGACGGCCUUUCUGGGAGGAGAAGCUACCAUCAGUUGCAACUAUCCAGAGGACCAUGAGGACGACAUCAAGUAUUUCUGCAAAGAAGACAGUGAAUCUGACUGUGAAAACAAGAUAUCAGAGACAUAUCAUGAAAAACCUAGAAGAUAUUCUCUUUCUAAGAGAAGAAGAAAGAGAUUCUACACAGUGACCAUCAGUGACCUGACUGAAGAUGAUACUGGGACCUACUGGUGUGGAGUAGAAACCAGCAGAACAGAACAAAGUUACAUUACACUGAUCACACAGGUGAAGCUGCGUGUUAUAACGGCACCAACCACCAUGAGCACAACAGCAACAACAACUACAGCUCUUCAAGCAUCAGCCACAACCACCUUCAUCUCACAAUCAUCAUCAUCACCAUCAUCAUCUUCUUCUUCAUCAUCAUCACCAUCAUCAACAUCAUCUUCUUCUUCAUCAUCAUCACUCAACGGUACCUCAGUGGUCAUCAUGGUGUCUGUUAGUCUGGUAGUGUUACUGCUGCUGAUCAGCCUGAUUAUCAUCUACAGAUGGAAAUACAACAAGGACACAGGAUCUGUCUCUUCAACACACAGAGUGAGCCCAGACACAGGGAACAACGAAGGGGGUUGUCAUGGUGAUGGUGACUAUGAGGAGAUAAUGGAGCGCCCCCUACAGUCUGACUCCACCAUCUACGCCACCGCCAACUUACCCACAAGCCACUUUGACUCUCCCCACUACGCCAGCGUCACCUUCCACAAGACUCCAAGCUGCCCCAAUGAAGCCAGAGUCCCCACCGCUAAAGAGGGCACUUCAUCAUGUGACUAUGCUACUGUGAACUGUCAAAGCCCCACCUACUCUACUGUCAAUCAUCCACACUGCUCCUCUGAGAAUCCUCCCAUCUAGUCCACAGUCAGCAAACCCAGAGACACCUGAGUCACUGGCAACCAAUCACAAGAGACAUACAUACACUGGCAACCAAUCACAAGAGACAUACAUACACUGGUAACCAUUCACAAGAAACAUACACUCACUGGCAACCAAUCACAAGAGACAUACAGACACUUAAAGACCCAGGCCUUUUCUCAGUUAGAUUUGCUCUACUUCUGCGUCCUUUCUCCUCCGUCCUCUCUCCUUUCUCCUCCGUCCUCUCUCCUUUCUCCUCCGUCCUCUCUCCUUUCUCCUCCGUCCUCUCUCCUUUCUCCUCCGUCCUCUCUCCUCCAUCAGUUUCGGAUGAGACAGAAAAGAGGAGAGAGAACGGAGGUGAGAGGACGGAGGAGAGAGGACGGAGGAGAGAGGACGGAGGAGAGAGGACGGAGGAGAGAGGACGGAGGAGAGAGGACGGAGGUGAGAGGACGGAGGAGAGAGGACGGAGGAGAGAGGACGGAGGAGAGAGGACGGAGGAGAGAGGACGGAGGAGAGAGGACGGAGGAGAGAGGACGGAAGACUGACUUUUGCCCAAACGAGAAAAGGCCCCAGAGACACCUGAGUCAUUGGCUACCAAUCACAUGGGCCAUACACACAGUAGCGACCACUUGAUUUGCAAUUUAGGAGGACGUUGGUGAAUGUCAAAUGCCCUGCUCAAAACCGACAGCGAGUCUCACUAUAGGGGUGAAGUCUGAUAAUAAAAUACAACAACACCUGAUCAUUGACGAAAAAACAUUUGUAAAUCCAUCAGCAUCAGAGACACAUGGAACAGUGUCAUGGAACAGUGUCAUGGAACAGUGUCAUGGAACAGUGUCAUGGAACAGUGUCAUGGAACAGUGUCAUGGAACAGUGUCAUGGAACAGUGUCAUGGAACAGUGUCAUGGAACAGUGUCAUGGAGCUGUCUGAGAAACAACUCUUCCUUUUCUGAUCUGUCUGAUCAGAUUUCCUCAUCUGUUGUGUUUUACUUAGUGACGACAUUCACCAUCAGUACUCAAUAACCACGGCAACAAGCCCAACCACCCAAUAGAUUAUUAUUAUUGUUGUUGUUGUUACUAUUAUUAUGAUAGUUAUAAUUAUUAUUACUAUUGUUAUUAAUAUUAUUAUUUAGAUGAUGAUGAUGGUGGUGAUGAUGAUGAUGAUGAUGAUGAUGAUGGUGAUGAUGAUGGUGUUGAUGAUGAUGAUAAUGAUGAUGAUGAUGACUUGUCUAGUGUGAUGUUUGGUGUAAUUGAAAUCUGUUAUCAUUUACUGUGUUGGUUUAAUGAUGUGAUUGUGUCUGAAUUGUAUAUAGUGUUGUUUAUUCUUAACUAAAUAAAAAACACAUCUGACUUCUAAA